AUGAAAAUAAAAGCUAAGCAAAGGGUGAAGAGGGCUGAUUUGAAUUCAGGAGGAGUCGAAAUUAAUCCAUCAACAGUGAAUUCAUUUUCAAUACUUAAAAUAUAUUCUUACAUUCAAACAACUAUACCUAAUGGGGGUUUCAUUAGAGUUGUGUUCCCAUCUGAAGUAACUACUAACCCAUCCACAUCAUGCACUAUAACACGACCAACUGGAAUGACUGCUACAUGCACAUAUUCUUUGACAGCAACAAAUCAUAUUUAACUGCUUGCAAAGUUAAGUGGUGGUUCGAUUCUUGAUUAUUUUGAAUUAAAUGUUCAGAACUUUAAGAACCCUGCUUCUACCACAAAGCUAUCUUCAUUUUAGAUAUUCACUCUCGAUGCUAGCAGCUAGUUACUAGAUAAUUAGCAGGAUUUUGUCUUCUUGCAAGCAACGUCAGAUUCAUUCUCAACAGUUUCUAUGACAUCAGACUCAAACAAAGUUGGAGAGACAGGCAAAGAACUUACCAUCACUUUUACAACAAAAAAUUUAAUUCCUAUAGGAGGCAAAGUUUACGUUAAAUUCCCCUAUUGGAAUUCAGAUGCUCAAGGAACAUAGUUCACACUCCAAUCUUAUCUCACUUCUACAAGUCCAGUUUCAUGUACUGGAUUAAGGAAUAUAGCUACUAGCCCAACAUGUGGAUUUGAUACAGCAACAUAAACACUAACAAUUACGAAUUCUUUCUUUGGUGCAGCUGUUACUAGUGGAACGAUAAUUAGUUUUAAACUAGGGAACUUUAGAAACCCACUAACCACCUAAGUAGUGUCUGGCUUUGUUAUUUCUACCGGAGAUGCAUCUACUGGCCUCAUAGAUUCAGCAACUCAGACUCUGUAAAUGUCAAUUGUUGGCUCUAUCACAACAGCAAGCGUAAAGCCUGAUCUUACUACUGUUCAGGAAUUGACUAGAUAUAGAGUUGAAUUCUUUCCACCAGUACCUUUAAGUUAAGGUUGUAUCCUUGAAAUUGUGUUUCCUUCUCAGAUAACAUUAGAUUAAAGCCAGUUGACUCUUGUGCAAGCAUUUGGAUUGCCAAGUACUUAAAGAACUAUCUCUGGAACGAUUGACAAGACAUUGAAUUCCUAUUUAAUUACCAAUGCCUGCCCUAGCUAUAGAGAUAAUUCAAAUAGUGCAAUAGUCUAUUUCUAAAACAUUAAAAAUCCUAUCUAUGUAAUGACAACGAAUUCUAUUGAGAUAAAUAUUUACGACAAAAAUUCUCAGAUGAUAAUAAGUACUUUGGGCGUUGGUCCAACUGUGACCACAACAUUUGGCUCAAUCAAUACUUAAGCUUUGACUAGUGACCAGACAGAGAUAAAUUCAGAAACAACCGUUAAAUUUUCAAUUUAGCCUCUACAUCAAACAAUAAAAAACUCUAAAAUAAUAAUUACUUUGCCAAUAGGUUAGAUGAGAGUGCUAUCAAGUUGUAAUAUUCAAGGCUUAAAUUUGAUAUCAUCUAGCUCAACUUGUCAAACUGAUUCAGCAGCUAAUACAAUAUCAAUCUUCAAUGCUUUUUAAAAUGACUAUACCUAUUCAUCUAGUUAGAAUGUGGAAUUCAAGAUCUCAUAUAUUAAACUUCCUCCUACUACAGGUGUUACUGGAAGCUAUACUUUCUAGGUCUAUACUCAAAAUCUUGGAAUAUAUUAUUUAGUUGAUCAACAAACAUCAAGCAAUCUUUAUAAAGCAACAAAUGGAGUUUUGCUUUCAGGUUCUGUUUCAACUUUAUCAUUAUUUUCAGCUGAAGUAACUUCUUAUACACUAAGCUUUAGAGUUAAGAAUGCAAUAAUUAAGGGGGGCUAUGUUGUAAUUACCCUACCUUCAUAAUUGACUAUUCCAAAUCCUUCAACUUCUGCCUGUUCAAAUUUUGUUAAUUUUGAGGCUACAGCAACAUGCAUAAUUACAAGUAAUACAGUAAGAGUCAAUGAUGGAUUCAAGAAUGCGAACUUUGAAUUAUUCACAGAUCUUAAAGUUACUAUAAGUGGAUUAAAGAAUCCAAGAUCUUUGUAAACAACUGGUAGCUUCACUGUAUAGACAUAUAGCUCUCUUGGAGAUUUAAUUGACAUAAAAACUGAUUAGAUGACAGUUACCAUGAAAGAUACUAAUGUUUUGACAACUCAAACUGUCCAAUCAAACACACUUGUUGUAGGCUCUGUAAAUUAUUACACAUUUACUAUUGCCUCACCUACACCCUUGGUGAAUGGGGACAAAGUACUCAUUUAAUUUCCUACUCAACUUAAUCAACCCUUAGCAAACACUCUAAGCUCUUGUUCAGGAGUCACAAAUCUUGCUAGCUCUUUACCUUGCUCAAUAAGUGGUCCUUAUGGAGUCAUAGUAACAUUGAGUUUUACUUAAACUAUGACAGCUAACUAAGCUUUCUCAUUCAUCGUUAGAAACGUUGCAAAUCCAUCAAGUACACUUCAAACUGAUCUCUUUACAGCUGAGAUUCUCGAUUCAACAAAUGAGCAAGUUAAUAAAAACAACGCAGCAUUGGAUGCUUUUAGAGUUAAGAUGGCAUAGGGUGCUCCUUUAAAAACUAUUACUGUAGCUCAUUAGAUUACCAGACCUUUUGUAGUCACUGCAUUUACUUUCACUUUCAAGCUAGAAAAUCCUCUCCCAGCAAACGGACAAGUUUGGAUUUACUAUCCAAAGUAAAUAACUGCAGAUGCCUCCCAGUUCAAUUGCUCAGUUAGUUAAUCUACUGCUUCACCUAAAUGCACUAUUGAUACAUCAAAGUAAAAUAUCUUAGUAAAGGAUGCCGCUAAUUUACAGGUAGCUGCAGGGACUACUUUCACAGUGAAUAUAUACGGUUUAAUUAAUUCCAAACUUGCUGCCUAAACUAAUUCAUUCCAAAUUGAAACAAGAACAUCAGAUGGUAACAUUAUAAACUACGCUUAUCAAUAUCUGACUGUAACGAAUGAUUGCGACUAUCCUUGCCUCACUUGUUAGUCUGGGUCUCCUAGUAAAUGCUUGACCUGUGAUAUAAUCUCCUAAUACAAGUUAAUUCUCAAUAAUCAGUGCAUAGAAACUUGCCCAUCAACAUAUUUUUCACUGAACAAUUAAUGCUUAAAAUGUGAGUCGUAAUGUGCAGAAUGCUUAGGAGAAGCAGGCUUCUGUACCAAAUGUUCAGCUGGCUUCUACAAGGAGGGUUCAAAUUGUGUUAAAAAAUGCAGUUCUGAUUAAUAUGUAGAAGAUGCUGGAACAUAAGAAUGCUUAAAGUGUAAAAGUCCAUGCUAAACUUGCUCUGGAAAGACCACUAUUUGUACUUCUUGUUUAGAGAAUCAAGAUAAAAAUUUGCUCUAUAUGGGAUUCUGCUAUUCAAAUUGUCCAUUAUCCUCGGUUGCAUCAGGAACAACCACAUGUAUUCCAUGCGAUUCAAACUGUUUAGGAUGUUCUGAGUCACCUUCAACUUGUACCUCAUGCUACUUGCCACUAAAAUUAAACAAACUAGAUAACACCUGUGUAGAUACUUGUCCAGUAGGCAAGACUACUGAUUCUGGUACGACAUGUGAGUACUGUGAUCCUCUAUGCAGAACAUGCGAACUGACUAAUGUAAAAAAAUGUCUGAGUUGUAAUCCAGGUCUCUCUUAUUUUUAAAAGGACUAAACUUGCGUUGGUGUUUGCCCAUAAGGCACAACUUAAAUUACAGGCUCAGAUGGAUUAUCAAUUUGUAAGACUUGUGAUGCAGGUUGUAAGAAAUGCUAGAAAACUUCUGAUUACUGUACAGAGUGUGAUGAUAAACUAGGCUACCUGUUCUAUAAAUUCAAAUGUUAUAAGGAUGAUUGUCCAACUGGGUAUACUAGACUAAGUACUACUAGAAAUAUUUGUGUUAGAGAGGGUUAUGUUUGCCCUUAUGGAUAUGAGUUUAAUAAUUUCGGAGAAUGCGAACUUGUUCUUUAAAUUUGUAGAGAGGGAUAUAAAUUGAAUAGUGAUAAGACAAAGUGUAUACCAGUUCCAGGUGCCUAUAUUCCUCUGAUCUUUUUAAUUGCUAUUGCCAUUUGGACAGGAUUUGUUAUCUAUAAAUAUCGCAAGACUCAUGCUCCGAUUGAUAUUAUCACUAUGCUUUUGACAUUUUACACGUUCGUUUAGACUGUAUCUUAUAUAACAAUGCUUGGACUUGCCUUUGAGCUCGACUAUGUAAUGGUGAAAGGAGUUCAUAUGAUGGCCUUUAUCUCUAUGUAUCUUGCAAAUGCUAUUUUUGGAUUAGUUUUUCAUUUGAAGUAUAGAAAAGAGGAUCCAGCAUUUGUUCAUUGGUACUCUGAGAAUAAGAAAUGGUAUAAUAUUUACAAGUAUACAAUUUUCAUUUUCAAUUUCAAAUCCAUAAGAGGCAUAUAUUCUUAAUUAUUCCCACCAAGGACUUAUUUUAAUGCUGGGUUCUCAGAUAGAUAUAAAAAUCUCAUCAAGCCAUUGUUUUUAGUGACUGUAUUUAACUAUGUGAUUCAAGUGAUGCCAGUUAUUGCCAUGGAUAUUUACAACUUUAUCUACAUUCCUUGGGGUUAUCAAAUUAUGGUAAUGUCUAUUGAUAAUAUGAUAAUGGGAUUGGGCAUUUUUAUCCUUGAGAUUAUUGAAUUCGCUCAUUAUAAGAAGUUAGCGAUUCAAGAAGGUAAUUUGAUGCAAAACUAAAGAGGCUACUUAUUAAGGAAAAUGCCCUAAGAUGAUAAUGUAAUGAGUGUAAUAGAAGACGAAAAUUCAAUGAUGUCUUUGAAUAAAGAUAAUUUAUUAAGAGCUCAGGAUGCUACAUUUGAUUAUGAGAAGAAGAUGAUUAUAAGUGAGUCAGGUAGAAAAAGCCAUCUGAAGAGAUAAGAGGCUACUGAAAAAGAAGUUCUAGAGAAAUUGGUCAGAAAACUUAAUGAAGAAUAGAAGUUUAAUAGGAUUUAUGAUGAUUAAGAUGAAGAUUAGGUGAAUCUGAUGGACCCACUUGAGAGGGAAAAGUUAAGAUAAACUUAAAUACUACUUGAAGAUCCGAUGGCACAGGAUAAACGUAAAAAAUAUGAAAAGGAACAGCUUAGAGAAAAAGUUGAGAAUAAGCUUUCAUUUAGAUAACAAGUGGUUUAGCCUGGUCCACAUCAAACUUAUCUAUAGAAAAAAAUCUAUAAUGACCUGCAAUAUCCACUUUUUGGUGAUAGAGAUCUUUCAAGUUAUGGACUGCUAGAUGUGACAUAGGAUCCAAAUAAUACGACGUUAGAUAUAAUUAAUCAGACUAUGAUAGAGCCAUCUGCUCCUAUUAAGUAACAGUAAAAUGAAGAAAAUUUAGAGUCAGCCAGGACUGAGAAAUUCGAGCACUAAAGACACAGUGAUUAAGAAAUUAUCUCAAAAGAUUUCAAUUAGAGUUAGAAACUAGGAAAUAAAACUAGAUCAAUGUCAACUUAGAACUUAUUGAGAUAGCUAGCACUGCAUGAUAUUGAUUUUGAUGAGCCUUCUAAAAAUAUUGAGGAAUUUAACAAAUUUAAGAAAGAGUUCUAGGAAGAUCUUGAGAAGCAGCGCCGAGAACUUAACAUUAAGAAGCGUGACUGCUAAUCCUGCGAUGAUGAAAUAAUGAGAGAAUGGUACGAUGAUAUGGCACCUGAGUCUGACUUCGACAGAUCUGAAUUCUCACAUGAAAGCUAUCCAAAUAACACUAAAAAGCUGAAUGAUGUGGAGUACUUGGCUAAGUUGGAAUUAUUCAGAGAAAGACUUAAGUUUAAAUAUCACUAUAACAAUUGCUACACUCACAUCAAUGAUCCUUAUAAUAAAAAGAGUUAUAAUUUAGCUAAAACUAAGAACGUCACAAGAAGAACUUAGACUUAUGAAAAAGACAUCGCCAUAGGUUAUGACCCCUUUGCCAAAGAUCAUAACUACUAGCAUCUCUUGGAUGAAGAUAUGAUAGCUGAGCUUGAUUUAGAGUUCAUGCCUAAUCUCAUAGAAAAUCUUAUAGACAACAUUUCCUCAGAAGAAUCUUUUAUUGAGAUGAAAAAAGAUACUGUUCCUGAAGAGGAUCAAGCUAACUCAGAUGACUCAGACUUUGACUUUGAGAAGAUAAAGCAGUCAAAGAAGAGAAAGAAGGAUAUUCAGUUUGACUUAGAUGAUAUCAUUGGUAUGUUUGACAUAGAUGAUUUUGGAAAUAUCAUGCUAAACAGAGAUACCAUGAGAGAUAAUUUGAAUAGAAAGGUCAACAACAAUGGAUAUCUAAUUGAUAACUAGAGAAAUAUAGUCAAUCAGGAUGGAGUUAUUAUAUUUGAGUUUGCAGAACUAGAUGAAAAUGAAGAAAUACCAUUACCCUAUAGAUUUGAAAAGAGAAAGAAGUAGCUUCUCAAGCAAGAGGAGAAAUUCCAUCAGGUGCAUUCAGAAAGAUAGUUUGAUAUAGAUUCAAUUCUACAGGGAGAAGAGGAUAAGAUUGAGGAGGAAUUCUAAAAACUUAAAGAUGUAUCAAGGCCAAGCAGUGUUGACUCUAUGAUUGGUGACUUGCCAACAAAAUUUGAUAAGAAUAUUGCUGAAAAUCCAGACAAUAGUGAUGGAGCAAUACAGUCAUAGCCAUUUGAUCUAGGUGAAGAUGGAUUUGCUAUUAAAAAUGAGGAUUCUGCUAGAAAAAGGGAUAGGGAAUUAGCUAAAGCAUACGGUGGGAAGCCGCCUAAGGCUAAAAAGAAGAAGCGAACAAAUAAAAAGAAGAAGAGUGAAUUAGAUGGAGAUAGAUAGCUCACUGACAGAUUAUUCCCUUAUCUACAGCAAGAAGAGGAGAGAGUGAAAAGAAUGGCUAUGAUUUCAUAUGGAAUUCAAAAUAACAGUGCAGUUAAACCUAUUAAUAGUCUAUUGGAGGAAACAAAACCAGAUGAGCUAAGGAAAACAAAAGAUUUUGAAUCUUUCUUCAAAGAUUAAAUGAAGGAAAUAUAGUAAUAUAGACAGGAAGCCAAAGACUAGCUAGCUUUGCAGCAAGUGCAGUCUCAGCCACCUUUCCAGAUCACGGAAUAGAUGACAGAUGAGGAUUUGGAUGUUGAUUUCCCAGCUCAGCAGAUCUAAUUCUAUCAUGAUGACAAUCAAAAUGCUGAGAAUAUUAAAAGAAUAGAUUCUGCUACUACAGAUAAAACUUUUAUGAAUAAUUGGGGUUCCUAAGCACUUUAAAAUCAAUAAUAAGAGGUUUAGCCAGAUCCUAUGUAAGAGUUAAUUUAAUAAGAUGCCGAGAAGGCUAACAGAUUCUUUGAAAGAGUGAAUAGGAACAAAUAAAACCAAUCAGCAGCUUACAAAUCUAAUUCAGGGAAUUAAAGCUAGCUUAUAAGAAACCAGUAAAUACUGAACACAGUAAAUGCUGCAAGCAAUAUGAACUUCUAUUAAGCAAAUCCAAUGCUAAACAAUCAGCCUUAAAGCAUUUUAUCAAUGAGUUCAAUUCCACUUAAUUAGAUGGAUACAGGAGAUGAUUAGAACUUUAAUCAUAUAAUGCCAUAGGAUAAAGUCCUGCAAACUGGCUCAGUUUAAGCAAAGAAAUUUGACUUCUAUCUGCCUGUAUCAAAAGGGCAAGCUUAAGUAAAGAAGAAUCUUUUAAAAGGCAAAGAAAAAAAGGAUAUCUCAUUCAGUGAGAUUGGAAGGAUGUAGCUAGCUGGAAACGCUAAGAAUAGUGACAAUAACAAUAAUGGAGAAAGAAAGAUCAAGGGAUUGGAGAAAGUUUAUCUUUAGAGAUAUCCUGCUCCACCUAAAACUACACAAGGAGAAUCAAGGACUAUUUACGGAGGUGCAGGAGGAAACGUCGGAUAAAAACGAAAACUUCUUGGGCAGGGUUAGUUUAGAUCUAAUACAAUCAAUGAUUCAAAUCAACUUAAUAGAAUUAACAAUAGAGGAGCAUAUGAUCAGAAUCUUAGUGGCAGUGCUGGUGUAAAUGAAGGUUUCAAUUAGAUGCUUAAUUAAGAUUUAGUGGAUUAUGACAGUAAUCCAAAUCACACGACAUCAGGAGGUAGACUUUAAGUUACAACUGGACAAUAUGAAAAUUUGAAUCAAUUAUAAAAUAAUAAUUGGUUCUGA